CCUAUAAAUACCCAAUAUCCCCUUCCCCAAUUCUUCAGAUCCCAUUUCACAGAUUUUUCCCUUCUUCCGGUGAACGUUGUCGUUGCAGGGAAUCCUACACCAUGAGCAACCAAGCCGAAUCCUCCGAUUCCAAGGGAACGAAGAGAGAUUUCAGUACUGCGAUUUUGGAGCGCAAGAAGGCUGCGAAUCGUCUUGUCGUUGACGAAGCUGUUAACGAUGACAACUCGGUCGUUGCGCUUCACCCCGACACUAUGGAGAAACUGCAACUCUUUCGCGGCGACACAAUCCUGAUCAAGGGAAAGAAAAGGAAAGAUACUAUCUGCAUUGCUCUUGCUGAUGAUACCUGUGAUGAACCAAAGAUUAGAAUGAACAAGGUUGUGAGAUCAAACCUGAGGGUCAGGCUAGGCGACGUGGUUUCUGUGCACCAAUGUCCUGAUGUCAAAUAUGGAAAGAGAGUGCACAUCCUCCCUGUGGAUGACACUAUUGAAGGUGUCACAGGGAAUCUAUUUGAUGCAUAUUUGAAACCUUACUUCCUUGAGGCAUACCGCCCAGUGAGGAAGGGUGAUCUGUUUCUUGUCAGAGGAGGAAUGAGAAGUGUAGAAUUCAAGGUAAUUGAGACUGACCCUGCUGAGUACUGUGUGGUGGCCCCAGACACAGAGAUCUUUUGUGAAGGAGAGCCUGUGAGAAGGGAGGAUGAGGACCGAUUAGAUGAGGUUGGUUAUGAUGAUGUUGGUGGAGUCCGAAAACAGAUGGCUCAGAUCCGGGAGCUGGUGGAGCUGCCGCUUCGUCAUCCCCAGUUAUUUAAAUCAAUUGGUGUGAAGCCACCAAAAGGGAUUCUGCUAUAUGGACCUCCUGGAUCUGGAAAAACUUUAAUAGCCCGAGCUGUUGCUAAUGAAACCGGUGCUUUCUUCUUCUGUAUUAAUGGACCGGAGAUCAUGUCAAAAUUGGCUGGGGAGAGUGAAAGCAAUCUCAGGAAAGCAUUUGAGGAAGCGGAGAAAAAUGCCCCAUCCAUUAUCUUUAUUGAUGAGAUUGAUUCAAUUGCUCCAAAGCGAGAGAAGACACAUGGAGAAGUUGAGAGGCGUAUUGUUUCUCAGCUCUUGACACUUAUGGAUGGACUUAAAUCCCGUGCACAUGUUAUUGUUAUUGGUGCGACCAAUCGUCCCAACAGCAUAGAUCCAGCUUUGAGAAGGUUUGGGAGAUUUGAUAGGGAAAUAGAUAUUGGUGUUCCAGACGAAGUUGGGCGUCUUGAGGUUCUUCGCAUCCAUACGAAGAACAUGAAGCUCUCCGAAGAUGUUGAUUUAGAAAGAAUUGCCAAGGACACUCAUGGGUAUGUGGGUGCUGACCUUGCUGCUCUAUGUACAGAGGCUGCACUUCAGUGCAUCAGAGAGAAGAUGGAUGUGAUUGACUUGGAAGAUGAAAGUAUAGAUGCAGAGAUACUUAACUCCAUGGCCGUUACUGAUGAGCACUUUAAGACUGCUCUUGGGACAAGCAAUCCAUCUGCUCUCCGUGAAACAGUUGUUGAAGUGCCUAAUGUUAGCUGGGAAGAUAUUGGUGGCCUUGAGAAUGUUAAGAGGGAACUUCAGGAGACUGUUCAAUAUCCUGUGGAGCAUCCUGAGAAAUUUGAGAAGUUUGGCAUGUCUCCUUCCAAGGGAGUUCUUUUCUAUGGUCCACCUGGAUGUGGUAAAACUCUGCUUGCUAAGGCCAUCGCCAAUGAAUGUCAGGCAAACUUCAUCAGUGUCAAGGGUCCAGAAUUGCUUACAAUGUGGUUUGGAGAAAGCGAGGCCAAUGUGCGAGAAAUUUUUGACAAGGCCCGCCAAUCUGCCCCUUGUGUCCUAUUCUUUGAUGAACUCGAUUCCAUUGCUACUCAGAGAGGAAGCAGUGUAGGCGAUGCUGGGGGUGCUGCUGAUAGGGUUCUGAACCAACUUCUGACUGAAAUGGAUGGAAUGUCCGCAAAGAAAACUGUUUUUAUUAUUGGGGCUACCAACAGACCUGAUAUAAUUGACCCGGCACUUCUACGUCCAGGUCGUCUUGAUCAGUUGAUUUACAUUCCUUUACCUGAUGAGGAUUCUCGGCAUCAAAUUUUCAAGGCCUGCCUGAGGAAAUCUCCUGUUUCAAAAGAUGUAGACCUUAGAGCCCUUGCCAAGUAUACUCAAGGCUUCAGUGGUGCUGAUAUUACUGAAAUAUGCCAGCGUGCAUGCAAAUAUGCCAUAAGAGAGAAUAUUGAGAAGGACAUUGAGAGGGAGAGGAGGAGAAGGGAGAACCCUGAGGCUAUGGAAGAGGAUGUUGAUGAAGAAGUGGCAGAGAUCAAGGCUGCUCAUUUUGAAGAAUCAAUGAAGUAUGCUAGGAGGAGUGUCAGUGAUGCUGACAUUCGUAAAUACCAGGCAUUUGCACAGACAUUGCAGCAAUCCAGAGGCUUUGGAACUGAAUUUCGAUUUUCAGAAACCAGCACAGGAGCUGCUGGAUCGGACCCUUUUGCAGCUUCUGCUGGUGGGGCUGCUGAUGAAGAUGACCUUUAUAGUUAGGCCUACUCCAAGUGUGUUGUUCACUGUUUAAUUUCUACAAUACUUUAUAUUUCCAUUUAUAUAUGUAUUUGUUGGCGCCCUGUAACAUGGGUUAAAAUAUUCCAUGGGAUUAUUAUUGCCCAUAUCUUUGGGUUUUGGCAGGUGCCCUGACUCCUGUUUGAAUUUUAAAACAGUGGUUCCCAUCCUGGAUGUUAUAAUUCCUGAUUGAAGAAGCUCCACAAAAUUUAAGUUAAACUCAAGUUAUUAGGA